AUGCAUAGAAAACUAUCUAGUUUGUUAUCAUAGACUAGUUGUAAAAAGACUUAGAUAAUGUCUCCAAACUCUAACACUAGCAUGGAUAUCACUUAACUUACUAAUGUAUCAUAAAACUUAUAUUAAUAGUUACAUAUGUAGAUAUUAAAAAUGAUAGAAAAUAAUAGUAAGGAUACAGAUAUUAUGAAAAUUAUGGAUACAAUCAAAAUAUUAUCAAAAGGUUUAGAAAAAGCAUCUUAAAGUGAAUUGGAAUUAGGUUAUAAAGAUCGUUAAUUAUAAAAAGCUUAAUAAUUAUAUAGUGAAUUAGAAUAGAAAUUUUAAGUGUUAAAGACUAAAUAUGAUGAUUUAGAGGGUUAAAAUAAAAAUCUUAAAACCAAAAUUGAUGAAUUAAUGCAUCAAAAUUAAUUAAAUUAUCAUUAAUAUUAAUUACAAACUAAGUUAAGUGGUGAUUUAAAUCAUAAAGUAACUAAUCUAGAAUCAAGAUUAGAAAUAAUAUUAGAAAGUGAUUUCCCUAAUGAAUCUGUUAAUAUAAGAAAAACAUUAACUGAUUUAGUGAAGGAAUGUGAAAGAUAAAAAAGAGAAUUAUAAUUAAAGAAUUAGGAAAUCUCUAGAUUAACUGAAUAAUAUAAAUCAUCUCAAUAAAGAAUAAGUAAACUUAAUUAAAAACUUGAAUUGAUGAAAAAAAAAAUCUCAAUAAGAGAAUUAGAAAACUUGGCUUUGGAUAGAGCUGAAUGGAUAGAAUAAGAUGAUAAACAAAAUGAUCCUACUUAAAUUUUGAUUAGAUAUUAAGCUUGUGAUAAUUUAGAUUUUAGAAUUAAUGCUCUCAAAUUAGAAUUUGCUGAUAUCAUGAAUGAUAUUUAAGAAUAAGGAACCACUGUAUUUACUUAGAAGGUGAUGUAAUCAACUUAAAAAUAAAUUAAGGAAUCCAUUUAAUUAGUAACUUCGUAAUAUCUAUCUUUUAAAGAUUUUUCAGAAAAACUUAAUAUGAUGCUUAAAUAGUUAAUAUCCUUAUAAUUAAUAGAAACUCUAUAAGAGUAGAUGUAAUUCAUUGAAUAUAAUUUUAAACAUGUUUUUAUGUGUUAAAAUACAAGAUUAUGGAUAUUAGAUGCACAAAUGGGAAUUCUUUAUUCUAGUAAUAAUUAAAGAGUAUUAAUUAAUAAAGGAUCUUUUAGUGAAGUAUUGCGAUUUUAAAAGCCUAUACAUAAAAGAGAUUAUAAUCUUUUAUGUGAUAAUACUAAUCAUGUUGCUAUGUAUACAAAUCAAAGUCUUCUUUAUCCAAUUUUCAAUUAAAAUCAAAUAUUAUCAGGUAUUUUAGAAAUAAGUAAUUCUGUAAGUGAUUAUUUUUCUUUUGAUGAAGAAUAUUAUGGUGUAAUAUUAGCUAAGUUUUGUGAAUAAUUGAUAAAAAAUUAAAUAAAAACAAGAUUAUUAUCAGUCACAUUAAAGUUUGAUUCAAUGGUUUAGAAUGCCUUUAAUGAUUUUCUAUUAAGUAAAACACAGUUUGAAUUAUAUAAAUAUAUAAGACAUUGGAUGGAGACAAUAUUAACUGUUUCAAUGAUAGCUUUUUACUUUGUUAAGAAUGAUUAAUUUAUUACUUACAAAACUAUUGGAACUAGUUGGGAUGGUAUGACUCAUAAGAAUGCAAUUACUCAAGGAAGAGUUUUAGAUCAACCUAUUAAUUUAAAUAAAAAAGGAAUUGCAAAAUAAGUAUGUGAUCGUAAGAAAGUAAUUAUAAUUAUAAAAUUAAGGAAUUAAUAGUAAUGAAUAUGAGAAAAUCAAUUGAAUUUGAUGAAACAAUUGAUUUAGAUUCAAUAUUACCAGUUUUAAUACAUCCAAUCAUUUUUGAUAAUAAAGUAAUUGCUGUAUUUGAAGUUCCAAUUAAAUAAAGAAAUUUACUUAAAUAAGAGAAAGAUAAAAUUAUGUUAGGUAGUUCAACUAUUGUUGGAUUGGAUUAAAGUUUUGAGAUGAUGGCAGCUAAAUUAGGAACUACUAUAAUGAAUGCAAUUAAUAUUUUAAAGUUAUAAUGA